CCGCGCGCGGCCCGUUAGGCCCCGAGGGUGGUGAACUCACCUGAGCUGUCGCGCCCUCUCUUCCACUCGUCAUCGCCGUCAGACGAGUUCGGCGCCCCAGGUGAGCAGUCCUGGCUCGGAGUGUUUGUUUCGGCCUUCGCUCUGGCUUCUGUGAACUCUGCUUCUCCAGGCAAGUAAACCCCAAGGAGAACUGACCAGUUCUUGAAUUUCUAAACCAUGGCCCAUGGAUCAGUGAUGUUCAGUGACGUGUCCAUAGUCUUCUCUCAGGAGGAGUGGGAAUACCUGGACUUGAAACAGAGAGAUCUGUACAGAGAUGUAAUGUUGGAGAACUACAGCAACUUGGUCUCGUUGGGAUGCUUCAUUUCUAAACCAGAUGUGAUUUCCUUAUUGGAGCAAGGAAAAGAGCCCUGGAAAGUAAUGAGGAAAGGAAGAGGACGGUAUCCUGAUUUGGAAACCAGGUAUGAGACUAAGAAGUUAUCUUCAGAAAAUGAUGUUUAUGAAAUGAACUUAACCCAGUGGAAGAUAAUGGAAAGAAUUAAAAACUGUGGCCUUAAGAGCCUUAGUUUAAAAAAUGAUUGGGAGUCCAAAAGAAAAUUUGAAGGACAAGAGGAUUAUUUCGGUCAAGUGAAAAUUGUAUCUCAAAAAGUGUCCUCUUACCAAAAACGCACAUCUCUUACUUCACGUCAGAGAAUUCAUUUUGUCGAGAAACCCUAUGAAUGUAAGGAAUGUGGAAAGGCCUUUAGAGUACGCCAACAACUUACUUUUCAUCACAGAAUUCAUACUGGUGAAAAGCCCUAUGAAUGUAAGGAAUGUGGGAUGGCCUUUAGACAGACUGCACAUCUUACUCGACAUCAGAGACUUCAUUCUGGUGAAAAACUCUAUGAGUGCAAGGAAUGUGGAGAAUCUUUCUUAUGUGGCCCAGACCUUAGAGUACAUCAGAAAAUUCAUAUUGGUGAGAAACCCUAUGAAUGUAAAGAAUGUGGGAAGGCGUUCAGAGUUCGUGGACAACUUACUCUCCAUCAGAGGAUUCAUACUGGUGAGAAGCCCUACGUAUGUACAGAAUGUGGGAAGGCCUUUAGACAGUAUGCACACCUUACUCGACAUCAGAAGCUUAAUAUUGCUGACAAACUCUAUGAAUGUAAAGAAUGUGGAAAGGCCUUUCUGUGUGGCUCUGGCCUUAGAGUACAUCACAAACUUCACACUGGCGAGAAACCCUAUGAAUGUAAAGAAUGUGGCAAGGCCUUUAGAGUGCGGCAACAGCUGACCCUCCACCAGAGAAUUCAUACUGGUGAGAAACCCUAUGAAUGUAAGGAAUGUGGAAAGACUUUUAGUCGUGGUUAUCAUCUUAUUCUUCAUCACAGAAUUCACACUGGUGAGAAACCUUAUGAAUGUAAAGAAUGCUGGAAGGCCUUUAGUCGUUACUCACAACUUAUUUCACAUCAGAGUAUUCAUAUUGGUGUUAAACCCUAUGACUGUAAGGAAUGUGGGAAGGCCUUUAGACUGCUCUCACAACUUACACAACAUCAGAGUAUUCACAUUGGUGAGAAGCCGUAUAAAUGUAAGGAAUGCGGAAAGGCCUUUAGACUGCGCCAAAAACUUACUCUACAUCAGAGCAUUCAUACUGGUGAAAAACCCUUUGAAUGUAAGGAAUGUAGGAAGGCCUUUAGACUUAAUUCAUCUCUUAUUCAACAUCUGAGAAUUCAUUCCGGUGAGAAACCCUAUGAAUGUAAGGAAUGUAAGAAGGCCUUUAGACAACAUUCACAUCUUACUCAUCAUCUGAAAAUUCAUAAUGUAAAAAUAUAAGAAAGCCUUUUCAGUCUUGUGCUGUACAACAAUCUGUGAAUGUAGUAAUUAGUCCCUUGUGCUUCAUACAUGCACCUCACUGGGUAUAAGGGAGUUUGUAGUGUUAAAAGGAUAUGUUAAUUUAAUAUAUCCCACCCUCACUCAAACCUGAAAAUCUUCACAUUCAUUCUAAAAACUAACCCUAUUAAUAUAACAGAUGUGGGAAAGACACUUAUCAUCUCUAUCCCAUCACUUUCAUACCUGUAUUAUAUUGAACAAGGUGCUUAACUGCUCUGGUUAUAAUUUCUUCAUUUAUAAAACAAUAUAACAUGGUGGCAGAGCAAAGAUUGCCGCAAAUUCUUUGACACGCCUCCCAUCGAGAGGUGGAAUCCAUAUCCUUUCCCCCUUGAAUCUGGGCAGACUGUGACUGCUUUGACCAGUAGAGUAGUGGAAGUACUGCUGUGCUAAUUUCUGGACUGGCAGAUUUUGCCUCAUUUCUUGGAAUACUCUGUCAACAUCAGGUCCUGACCUGGUCAGGCUACUCUGCUGAAGAGACCACAUGGAAAGGCCCUGCAACUACAUAGAGAGGCAGAGGGAGAGGCACUCUGCUAUGCCCAGUCUUCCAGACAUGCCCACCGAGACACCAGACAUUUGAGUGAAAUAAUUGUGGAUCCUCCAGACCAGGCAUCAGCUGAAUGCACUGACUGACCUCAGUUGAUGCCAUACAGAGGAGAAGAAUGGACCAACUGAGCCCCUGCCCAAAUUCCUGACCUGCAAAAUCAUGAGAUACAAUAAAAUGGUUGUUGUUUUAAGCCAUUAAAUUUUGGUUUAUUAUUAUCAUCAUGAAUAUUACUCUCUUGAAAACUCAUAUGAAAGACUAAGGGCAUAAUGAACAUAGAAAUGCCUUCCACCAACACUCAUCCCUUAUUGAACGUCAGGUAAUUUAUUCUUGUUAAAAUAGUUAAAGAUGUUCUUUUUCAGUUCAUAAAGAAGAUACUCUACAAUCUAUACUCUCUAACCUCAGUAUAAACUUAAUUUAAAGUUAACAAAGGAUAAGAUAAAAAAACUAUUUGGAAAUUACAAAUCCACCUAUAUUAUAAAACCUGGAGUGAUUUUUUAAAAUCCAUUGUCGCCUUUUUUUUAAAUGCUUACAUUGUCCUGUCUUUGAUGAGUGGGAAUCCCCUCAAUUUGGAUCCUGUGUCCUUUUGUCAUGAUUACUAUAGUCUUUGAUAGCUUCUUCUUUUUUCUGACCAAAUGUAUUGGUCAGCUACAGAGCAUAUUAGGGCAUUUAUUAAUAAGGAAAUGCAGAAAAUGGAGCUUUUAUCUUACUUUUCCUGUAUGAAACUAUGUUUCAAGACAACCAAAAGCUGGUGAAAGAAAGUUCUUUAUUAGAGAAUUCUGGCUAAUAAAGAUGAAAGGAAUCAAAAAAA